AUGCAGCUCUCGACCACCCUCCUCCUCACGCCAUUUCUUGCUCUUCUCCCAUACGCUCUCGCCUCAAGCCAAUCCAACGACGAACAUUCGGGAAACUUCUUCAACGACUGCACGCAAACCGGGUGCAGAUGGAUAACCACAACAGGAGCGCAAACCAUAGAAUGCGUAAGUUCCCCAUCCUUAUCAACUACUUCUCAAAACCCACCUACUAACCACGCUCAGUCAUGUAAUAUCCAACCCACAGGUCCCUCGUACGUCACACUCUCCAUAUCUCGCAUCCCAUCACCAAUACCCUAGCCACCAAACCAAACCAAACCCUCCUAGCACAUAUCCCAAUUAUGUCCCAUAACAUCAAUCCCGCACGUCUACUAAAACAAACCGCAGAAACGCCAAACCCCCCAUCCUGAGUGCCAAAUUCUACAAUCAAGACUCCUACACAGGAUUCCUCUACAAAGCGUACAUCAACCCCUCAUACCCAUAUCCAGACCCCUACCCUAGCUUCACAAACUGUUACCGCAUGCCGUUUUUCUGGUAUGCUCAGGGUGGAAGUAUGUCUGGUACGUCAAUCAAGUUAUCAGAGAUGAGAAGUAUACUGACGAACAACUGCAACAGUAAACACAACAACAACAAAAGCUUGCUACGUCUACACAGCUCCCGAUUGUAAAGGCGACCGUACGGAAGUCAGAAGUGAUGUUCAGGAGUUCCUAGGAUUGUACCAUGAUGGUGUGAGGAGCUUUCAAUGUUUUGGCUAUUGA